AAAAAACACCUUUUUGUUUUUUUUCCAGCAAGAUACUGGAUCUGUGGUCCAUUUAAACACGAUGAUAAUGGUGAAUAGUACUUUUCACGACCUUUAGUAUCUCUCUCAAAGCACAACGAGCAGACGUGUAUUGAACUCUUAUUCUCUAGCCUACACCUUGAGAUCGAUCUUCAUUUGCCCCGUUUGGACUCCAAUCCUUAACGUCAUCGGAAAUCAGCGUCCUAAACAUCCGCAAUUCCUCCAGAUGUUCUUGCAUGUGUGCGUGUGAGAGAGAGAGAGGAGAUGGAGGAGACAAGAGUCAAUUAUAUUGAUUUCAUCCAUGAGCAUCCGUUGGUCUUCAAAGAAGAUCUGGAAAAUGAUGGGAACAAGGAAGCUGUUUGCUCGAGGUGCCAGGAACCAGUGUUGGGUCCCUGCUACAAAUUCUCCAAACGCAACUUCCUACUUCAUAAAUCAUGCAAUGAACCGCCCCUCGAAAUACACCGCCACCCUUUGCACCCAAACCACACCCUUAUUCUCUGUGCGCCAUCAAAAUAUGUUGCUUGUGAUGCCUGCUACAUGAAUUGCAGUAUACGCUUAUUUUACAGUUGUAAGCAAUGCGAAUUUGACAUCGACAUUAGAUGCGUUUCCCGCCGGCAAAGUAACAUCGAUGAAUGUCAACGACAUGACUUCUUCCCCAUCUUGAAGCAGAUCCAAUUCACUUGCGAUGCCUGUGGUGAGGAAACCGAGGGCAUUGCUUUCCUAUGUAGUACCUGUCGAUUCAUGGUUCACCGCCAAUGUGUUGAUUAUCCACGCACCAUCACUACAACUGUACAUAAUCACUCUCUCACUCUCACAUGUUCUCUUUUUCAAAUGGUAGGGGAGAAGGACGACAUAUUAUGUAAACUUUGCCAAAGAAAGGUAAAAAUAUGGUGCGCAGUUUAUUAUUGUCAAGAUUGCAGAUAUGCUGCCCACUUUCAAUGCGCACGAAGUGUUAAAGGUGAGUACAUGGACCGGAGUUCAACCAUAGAAUCAGAUCUGGUCUCGGAGAUCGAACAUUCUAGUCAUGAACACAAAUUAAUCAUCAGUAAAAAGAAGCUCGAGGAUGAUAAGAUUUGCGAGGGAUGUAUGCUUUCAAUCUCGCCCCCGUUUUACAGCUGUGAGCAAUGUAACUUCUUUCUGCACGGUAGCUGUACCAAACUUCUUCCCAAGAAGCAACUGCCCCUUUUUCACCAACACCCACUCACCCUCCUCUCACAGGCACCUUCCCCAAGUGGCAUAUUCCAAUGUGAUGCUUGUGACCGUUUUCAACCUGGCUUCUGUUACAGAUGUGACUUGUGCAAGUACUACAAAUUGGAUAUUCAAUGCGCUUCUCUUCCGGAAACUCUAAAGCAUAAAGGUCACCAACACUCCCUCUCCAUAGCUUUAAAUCGGGAUCGAAUAGUAUGCAAUGGUUGUUAUGAUGAGGAUCCUCCUCCUCUCUUAUUUGUAUGCACCGAAUGCAAGACGUUCGGCUUGUGCUUUAGAUGCGCAACUCUUCCAUAUAGAGUUAGGUAUGAAUAUGAUUUACAUGAUUACUUGACACUCAGGUAUAGUGUUGAAGACGAUUCUGGAGAAUACUAUUGUUUUAUUUGCGAGGAAAGUAGAGACUCAAGGAAGUGGUUCUACUAUUGUAAGGAAUGCGACUUUGCUGCACAUCCCGAUUGUGUUAUUGGCAAGUAUUCGCGCAUCAAGUUUGGAAGAACCUUCACAUGUCGUAAAUAUCAUGAUCAACAUCAGCCUCUCACUAUUGUCCAGAAGAACGAGUACUCUGCUCCGUGUGUUUCUUGUGGCACCACUUUUCAUGGCUUGGCUGUAGCAUGUACUCUAUGCAAAUUCAAUUCCCACUUACUUAUUCGCCCUUGGUGGGGCUUAGAGAGUAUUUGUGCCCCGCAAGAUUAGAAGUCGCAAUAUGCUUCAAUAACAAUAACAUUAUAAUUAAGAAAUAGACGGUAUAUCAUGAGGAUAUGAUGUCAUAUGGAAUUUUUAUGUAUUGUAUAGACUGCACAUGAGCAUUUAUCGCUGUUUAUAUCUAAUAUUUGAAUUGAAGCAUUAAUUAGUUAAACGUGAAAA